CAGUCACUCAGUUGACCAAGUAUAAAGACAGAGUGGACCCAAAAUCAAUGGGACCGCCUGGCUGGCAGACUGGGAACAGUUGGUGGUCUGAAUCAUCUCUUUUCUUAACCAUCAUCCAUUUUGGACGCUGUGAAGAGUCAGAACAACGGCAUCCAAAUGGCAACGUUGGCUUUGAGGCUUUUAUUCCUGCUGUGCUGUGCAUCAGUAUGUGUUUCUAGGACGAAGAGAGAAUAUUUCCUCAGGAUAGAGGAGGUUCAAUGGAACUAUGCACCAAGUGGAAUGAACCUCAUACAGAACCGCUCACUCCAGGAGGAUGAAGAAGCUGCAGUCUUUCUUAUAAAAGGCCCCCAGCGAAUUGGCUCCACCUACAAGAAGGCUGUUUAUAAGCAGUACAGUGACGCCACGUACAGGACAGAGGUAAUGAAACAAGACUGGCUGGGAUAUGUGGGACCCCUGCUGAUGGCUGAGGAGGGAGACACAGUGAUUGUCCACCUGAGGAACAUGGCAUCAAGACCGUACAGCAUCCACCCACAUGGACUGAACUACAGUAAAGGCAGUGAGGGGGCCUUGUACCCAGAUGCCACGUCAACAAACUUGAAGCGAGACGACUCAGUGGCUCCUGGUUCAACAGUAACAUACGAGUGGAGCCUGCCGCAGUCCCACAGCCCAACUGUAACUGAAAGUAACUGCCUGACCAGAUUCUACCACUCCCAUGUCUCCACACCAAAAGACAUCAACUCAGGACUGAUAGGGCCCCUCAUCGUCUGUAAGACAGGAACUCUAGACCUGCAUGGGGACAGUUCAGCAGACUACCUGUACGCUCUUAUGUUCUUGGUGUCGGAUGAGAACUUCAGCUGGUACCUAGAUGAAAACAUUAGGACACAUAUAACGAAUCCUGCUCGAGGUCUGAAAGAGGAUGAAGAUUUUAUUGAGAGUAACAAGAUGCAUGGUAUAAAUGGAUUUCUAUACGGUAAUCUUCCUGGACUGAGCAUGUGCCAAGGGAACAAGAUCCACUGGCAUAUGAUUGGCCUUGGCAAUGAGGUGGACAUGCAUUCAGUUCAUUUCCACGGCCAGAUCCUCACCAGCGAAAAUCACCACACAGAUACAGUCAGUCUUUUCCCCGGCUCCAGCACCACAGCUGAGAUGGUAGCAGACAACCCUGGACACUGGCUGCUGACAUGCACUGUUAAUGAUCACCUCAUGGGUGGUAUGCAAGCUGUAUUUGAGAUCAGGAAAUGUUUCCCCAAUGUUCAUAAACCCCGUCCAUAUGGUGAGCUUAGAGAAUUCUUCAUUGCUGCAGAGGAAGAAGUCUGGGAUUAUGCUCCUACACUGCCAACUGACGGCGAAGCAGACAUGUUUGUGACCAGAGGUCGCAAUCGUAUUGGAAGUCGCUACAAGAAGGUUCGCUAUGUGGAAUACGUUGACGGGAGCUUUCUAACCAAGAUGCUACGCAGCCCAGAGGAGAAACACCUCGGAAUUCUGGGUCCUGUGCUGCGAGCAGAGGAGAAAGACACCAUCAAGGUGGUCUUUAAGAACAAGGCCAGUCGGCCUUACUCUAUACAGCCCCACGGUGUACAAUACAGUAUUGAACAAGAUGGAACGCUCUAUCACAAUGAGCUUGAAGAGUCCUACACAGCAAAGAAACUAAGGGAAUUAAAAGGAGAACAAAGAACAGUGACGCCUCCUCCAGCUGCUCUGGUUGCACCAGGGAAGACGCACACAUAUGAGUGGUUCGUGCCUGUAGGUGCCGGGCCUGUGCAGAAGGAGGCAGACUGUCUGACCUACCUGUACUACUCGGGAGUAGACCCGGUAAAAGACACAAACUCUGGGCUAGUCGGACAAAUGCUUGUCUGUCGACCUGGAUCGCUCAAGAAAGGAAUACAGUGUCAUCUCUCCCUUCGUGUGUAUGUGAUGAAGACGCUCGCAUCUUCUUCCACUGUGGAAAACAGGAAAACAAGAUGGCUCCGUUGCUCCUCCAAAAACUAUAAUAAAGAAUUCCACCUGCUGGCUACUGUGUUCGACGAAAACCUGAGCUGGUAUCUAGAUGAUAACAUUCGGACCUUCACCACAGCUCCCACCACUGUUAACAAGGAGGAUGAGGGCUUUAUUGAGAGCAACAAGAUGCAUGCCAUCAAUGGAUUUGUAUAUGGGAACCUCGAAGGCCUUACUAUGUGCAAGGGGGACAAAGUUACGUGGCACCUGUCAGGACUGGGUUCAGAGACAGACAUCAACAGCUUUUACUUCCAGGGAAACCGUUUUGUCUUUCGUCAAAACAGAAUGGACACCAUUUCUGUCUUUCCACACAUCUCACACACCGUGACGAUGGAGCCAGACAGCAUGGGACAAUUUGAAGUGGCAUCCCCGACGGUCAACCAUCACCGCGGAGGAAUGCGAGCUAAUUACACAGUACAGAAGUGCAGCUUCUUCCAGCGACAGGGUGAGACCAUGGUCCAUUCUAAAACAUACUACAUUGCUGCCAUGGAGAUGGACUGGGACUACUCUCCAAACCGUACUUGGGAGGCUGAGAUGUAUCAUGGCCAGCAAAGUCCUGCGACUGUCUUCCUUGACCAGCAAGGUGGCUUCAUAGGCUCACGCUACAAGAAAGUCGUCUACCGCCAAUUCACGAAUGACAAGUUCACCAAUCAAAUGGAAAGAGGUGCGGACAUGGAACAUCUUGGCAUCAUGGGUCCAAUGAUACAUGCUGAUGUUGGAGACAAAGUGAAAGUGGUUUUCAAGAACAUGGCAUCCAGACCCUAUUCCAUCCAUGCCCAUGGAGUCAAGACAGAAAGCCCAAAUGUUUACCACACCAAACCAGGUGAAACUCACAUCUAUGAGUGGUACGUUACAAAGAAUACGGGACCAACCGCUGAGCAAGAAGAGUGCACUGUGUCAGCAUACUACUCCACAGUGGAUGUUGCCAAGGACCUUUACAGUGGUCUAAUUGGUCCCUUGGUUAUCUGUCGCCGUAGCUGGGCCAGGAGUUUGGGCCUUAAGAAGGAGAUAGAGGAGUUUGCAUUGCUGUUCCUGGUCUUUGAUGAGAACGAGAGCUGGUAUUUGGAUGAAAACAUCAGGACUCACGUCAGAAACCCACGACCAAACUUGAAGGAUGAUGAAGCCUUUCUGGAGAGCAACAAAAUGCACGCCAUUAAUGGCUUUGUAUAUGCGAACGUAAACGGCUUGAACAUGGAGGUUGGCGAUAAGGUCUACUGGUACCUGAUGGGGAUGGGCAACGAAGUGGACAUCCACGGUGUACACUGGCAUGGCCAUAGUGUGGAAUAUAAGCUGGGGGGAGGCCCACACACUACCGAUGUGUUUCAGCUUUUUCCAGCCACCUUCCAGACUGUAAAAAUGCGACCACAGUACCCAGGAACAUGGCUACUACACUGCCAUGUUACUGACCAUAUCAAGGCUGGCACAGUGGCCACAUAUACUGUAAGAGAAAAAGUGAAGAAGAGGGGAUUCAUUGGUUGAAUAAAUGGAGUAAAAGGAUCAAAACUGACUAAAA